UCUCGUGUGCAUUUUCAGUGAGUGACCGCUUGGCUGGCUAGGGCCGGGACAUGAACUUCAUGUGUUUUAUUCGUAAUUAAUUCUCGUCACGUGCGUGUAGCGUGUUGUUCGGGAGACCCGUGCUCCCUGGCUCGAGUCUUGUUGCAUCAUCUUCCAGCGAGGAACUCGGCGAGGGAGACAUUCGGCCACGAAAGAAGAACGAGAUAGAGAGAAACACAACAAACAAAUAAAAUAAAAAAGAAAUAACACAAUGAAAUCAAACAGUGGGCUGUGAUUAGUUUGCGCACGCGCGUGUGUAUUUCUAUUCAAUACGUCUGCGAUAGACAGACGACAGGAGUCCAAAAUAAGUUCAGUAGGGAAUAUAAUAUUUAGAUUUGUUUCGGAUUAUUUUUCGCCUGGACUUUGGAUAAUUCGUGUAGGCUUCUAGUGGUACAGCCUCUUCUAGUGUGCUGUGUUGCCGCUGGGAAUUAUUAUCACGUGACGCGAGGUGUAAUUUGGCCAUUGAUGGAACCAGGCAUUGAAUCAGCAUCACAACUCAACAUACAAGUUAAAUAACUUUAUCAUGCAGUACAAUGUACAAAGUUCAGCACUGCUUCCAAAUUUGGGCACUUCCUGGUUUGUAAGCAUUCACCGGAAACAAUGAACUGCAGCAGACCAGUGGGAAGCGUCGAGGCCUGGCUGAUUAUCCCCCUUCUUUGAAACUACGAUGCGGGUAAUCGCUCCUGUGAUGAACACUUCCAAAAAGAAACUGGGUUGAUCCAAGAUGGCCGUGGCGUCUUGCAAUGAGCUCGUGCCGCUUAAAUAGGACCCAUUAACUGGGAGAAAUACAUUUAGAAGAGAAAAAAACGUGUGUGAGACGUCCAUGAUGAUGUAGCUUCUGAAUGAGGAGCAAUCAACGAUUCACACAAAAGUAAUCUUCUCUAUAAGUUCUUUUUCGAAUCGCACCGGAAACGGAAGUAGAAAAUUGUACCAGUCGCCAUACUAUGACGUCAAAACUAGAGUAACACCUCCUUCUUUGACUCGUUGAAAAAAAGGGAUCUAAAAUUUGUCAGUAAAGGGAUUGGAUACAAUUUUAAUAUUCCUUUUCAUUCUAUCUCCUCAAUGUUCAUACUUAAAUAUUUAAAUUUUCAAUAAUUAAAGACAAAUAUUAAAAGCAAAACGGGUAUAAACAUAAAGGAAUUUACUUGUUACAAAUUGUUGCAAUAAUAGAAGUUAUGAAAAGCCCACAAAAUAAUCAAGAAAAUUGAUUUAUUUUAGGCUUAACAUGUGCCUUAUUUUUUAACAAAUCAUAUAUUUCUAAAGAAAAAAGGUUGGAAUAAAAUCAAAUGACUAUGUUGAGUGUUUAAUAAAUUUAUAAAAUAUACAAUUUUAAUUGUUUUUAAAGCAAAAUUGAUAUGUUAAUCGAUCACAAAUACUAACAAAUACUAAACAAAACAAAGUAGAACGUAAUUGUAGCAAUUUAUUGACUUGCAAAACUUGUUGACACAAUGUGUUGCCAACUUAAAAUGUUGUAUGAUACGUAAUCAAACAACAACUGUUGUAGAUAGAGUUGUAUAAAUAGCAAUACCGUAGCUUACAAUACAUCGGUGAACAGGUAAAUGAUCAUUUUUCGAGGAGUUCAUGAUUUCACGUGGCGGGGUCUUUUUUUUUAUAGUUAUUUUGUUGAUAGUGUAUAAUUAAGUGUUCACACCUUUGGAUUGGAUAUAGAAGGUUGUAGUGAAUCCAAGUCGCUACAGCAAAUAACGAAAAGACCAAAUCAUAGUCUUGGGAUACAGAGGUCUUUAAACUUCACGUUUCUUACAGCUUCCUUCAACUGACAAAAAAAAAAAAACUACUCAGAAUAAUAAAAGAAACAAAAGAAAGGGGGUCCUACAAUUACAAACAAAAAGUCGAUGGUCCUUAGACCCCCCUGCAGGGCGGAGAGCACCCAUGCCUCCACCCCUCUCGCCCCGUCCCCAUGCUCACAAUGAAAAAACAAAACGUUCGGACGCUCUCCCUGAUUGUUUGUACCUUCACCUACCUGCUGGUCGGGGCGGCGGUCUUCGACGCCCUGGAGAGUGAGUUCGAGACCUCCAAGAGGGAGGAGCUAGACAAGGAGGAGAGCAGCAUUCGGGACAAGUACAACAUCUCCAGGGACGACCUGGAGACGCUACGGAGGAACAUCAUUCGCUCCGUGCCGUACAAAGCCGGGACCCAGUGGAAAUUCGCCGGAGCUUUUUAUUUUGCGCUGACUGUGAUUACUACUAUAGGCUACGGGCAUAGCACCCCCCAGACAGUCGGUGGUAAAGUGUUCUGCAUGUUCUACGCCCUGUCUGGAAUCCCCCUGUGCAUCGUGAUGUUCCAGAGCGUGGGGGAGCGUCUGAACACUUUCGUCACUUUCCUAGUCAAGCACAUCAGGAAGUGCUUCAGAAUGAAGAGCACAGAGGUGAUGCAGACUCAUCUGAUUUUCAUCGCCAUGAAUCUCUCCACCAUCGUCCUGGUGUCGGGGGCGGCCAUAUUUUCCCACUUUGAGGGUUGGACGUACAUUGAUAGUUUUUAUUACUGCUUCAUCACCCUGACCACCAUCGGCUUCGGGGACCUGGUGGCGCUGCAGAAGGACAACAUGCUGACCAAGGAGCCCCAGUACGUGACAUUCUGCCUCAUCUUCAUCCUCUUCGGGCUGACCGUCAUCUCCGCCGCCAUGAACCUCCUAGUUUUGCGCUUCCUCACCAUGAACACCGUGGACGAGAAGAGGGCGGAGAUGGAAGCGGCCGCCGCCGCCCGGGGCGCCGUGAGGCUGGAGGGAGACGUUAUCACCGCAAACGGGAGCGUGGUCUCCGGCGCCCAGGAGACCCCCGAAUACAAUGACCUCAUCUCCGUCUGUUCUUGCUCCUGCUACAACCUCCGCUCGAAAGGGAAGCCUAGGUACUCUGUGACAAGGGCGCCGGGGAAAAUUUCCCACUUACUCACAAUGCAAGCGACUUCCACAAAAGAGGACAGCCAUAGCUGCACAGACGAUAGUGCCUCCUUUAUGCAGUGGCAAAAUUUAGGGAAAAAAAGAGCCUCUAUUUGAUUCGUUGCAAACGAUUAGUUCGUGUUUUAUAUCUUUAACUGUUAUACGCUAGAAUGUCAGAGAAUCGUAUGAGGAGUAUCUAUCUUUAGUAUAUAUUUUAGGGCAGUGUAACUUUAGAAAAACAAAUUGGCCAUCAGCAUAUUGCACUGACCCAAUAUUGUUUAAGCAGGCCCUAUUAGGGACAUACUUUAACCAGUACAGUCCGCUAGAUUUACAUUCACCUUGUGUGGAAAUAAUUAUCAGUGAAUCUGUAUCUUCCAGCUGUUUUUAGGUCAGUGACUAGACACUUCUCCAAUAAACAAUGCAAUUACAUAGGUCAGUGUAUGUUUGUGUGUGUGUUUACGUCUGCAAUAUAUAUAUAUAUCUUUAUACCCUUUAUGUUUGAGACUAAUUGCUUUCUCUUUGAACUAUUAUUUUGAAAACGGGUUUUGGGUUUACAAAAAAAUUGUAUGGCUUUGUUUGGUUUCGAUUCGCAGAUAAAAUAAAAGCUGGCACUAAAGGUACUUUACUGUAAAACAGCGGUUUUUUCACCCUAUCUCUAUAGUUGGGGUUGGGAGAGAGAGUAUGUGUUUGUAGAGAGGGUUGGUUGUGUGUACACAGAAGACAUAACAAUAUAAAUAACAGCAGAUCACUCCUAGCACAGUGUUGCCCACUCUACGACCUGCGGGUCAUAUCCUGUCUAGGACGCGGUGCUAUCCGGCCUCUCUAAGCUUCAACACACUGAGCAGGAAAUCGACUAAUUCCAGUGAUGCACGUUUAUAUUUAAAAACUUUCCUGGCCGAAAAAAAGGUUGGUCAACAUUGCUACAAUUAAUCUGAAAUCUCAGAGAGUAGAAUAUUAUCCACCCCCCACUCCCCAAAUUUGUCCCUUUGCCUCCGCCGACGUACUAGAACAGCCAAAGCCACGGAUCAAACCGAGUAUUAGCGAGCUAAGUCGAUGUCGCAACCGUGGUUGUGGAGACACUCUCAGGAAAUUCCCUUCUUGAUAAAUUGAUGUCGCUUUCCGGUUUAUGCAGACGAUCUCGCCAUUUCGGGAGACCAAAAUAACGCUUCGGACCUAGAUAUUGUAAGCUAAUUUUAAAAUACUUUAAUCGCCUUGUCUUUGCACUUGGGAUUUAGAUCUUGACGACAAAUAGAUCUAUUUUUCUUUUUAAAGUCUUUAAAAAUAAGCCAAGGUUAAGUAACUCUAAUCUAUAAAUAUUUAAAAGCUUGGAUACUUCCGGUUUUGAUCGCAAAACUAAAUUCGAACAAUUGUUCAGCGGUAGUGGGGGUGGAAUUAAAUUACCACAACGCAGUAGUUGGACAAAAGAGUCUUUAAAUACUGAAAUGAUUUACAUUUAUUUACAUUAGAUUUAUAAUUCUGACUUUUUACUUAGUUUUAAUACACUUUUUAUACGUUGAAGACAUCUGUUUGGUCUUGGUGUCUCGGGUUCGAAUCCUAGUAAAAAUUUGGGAUUUUGAAUUUUCAGAUUUUUAGGGCACCUCUAGGUCAAACCAAACACAGAUGUGUACCUGAUGUCAAUUGGGGAAAAUAAAGUUGGUAGGUCGUUGUGCUGGCCACCGUCGGCCUCAGAAACAUGAGCAUUACAUCAGCAAGGUCUGAAUGGGGACACGUUUAAAGACAUCUAUCCGUUUAAAGACAUCUAUCCGUUUAAAGACAUCUAUCCGUUUGAUUAAACUAUCAUAACUGAUGUUAUCUUAACGAAAAUACAAAUUAUUUAACUAAGACCUACUAAACCUAAUUUACAUAUUCGAGUAGGCCAUACCGAUUUCAUGAGGUGAUACAAACCCACACCAAUAGCGGUUAUCAAAAGAUAACUUUAUUUUUAUAAGUGGUGCCGAUAUUGUAUAUAUGAAAUAACGUUUUAAAAAAAGAUUUGUGGUUCAUUACUAGCUGUUCAGCUCAUGCCUAAGCUGUACAUUUCAAAAUCAAACCAAAUGACAUUCUCUUAAGGCCAUAAAAUAAAUCAGCUAGAAAUAUCAAUAGCAAUAAAUGAAAUCAAAACAGCAUAUUUACACAUAUUGCUUUUCUUCUCUAAAGUUCCCACCCCCUACCGCCUACUGUGUCCGCCAGUGACACGAACAUAUACACAAAACCAGUGAAUUCGAUUUCGUUAAAAGUAUACAUUUGCAUUGGUUGAGAAUUCGUUCUGGAAGUGUUCUGUGUGUGUUAUUAUAGUUAUUUUUAUUACUUUUUGCUUCCUCGGUACAAAUGAUCAAUUUAUAUAGUCAGGUUUGUUUGUUUUACAUGUUUCCGAUAUUCCUUCAUAUUUGGACAUAAUCACAACCUAUCUCAAACCUCCCGCAGUACGGCGGAGGGAGGGGGGGAUGGUGGCAAGCAGGGUUCGAACCCGAGACAAGCAUGAUUAUUGAACGACAGUCCAGAGCGCAUACCUCUCGACCAGAUAUAAAGAACUGCAUGGCUCUCUCCAACCUUUUGACACAUUGUCUAAUUAUCUCGCAAUUUGAUCGUGACGCAAUUUUAUCUAAAGAACACAUUUUGAAGAUGGAGUUACUUUGCUCUGUUAUGUUGACUGCGCAGUAUCUUGUGUUUUUUUUUCCCCCUAUUGAUUAUGCUUCUUUUGGGUGUGGCAAUGUGUAGUGAAAUAUCACAAAUAUAAAUAUUUAUAAUGUGACAUUAUGUUGAAGAAUGUUCUAUCAAUAUAUAAAUCUUUAAAUUAAAGAGAAAAGAAGAAUCUAUACGCCUGAUUGAUUCUGUAACAUACAGCUAAUGUUCUUGUAUAAGAUAUAAUAAACUAAUUUAUAGAUAGACGUUACAUAUUUACAAAGUAACUGAUUUAUUUAGAAUGAAGGUAUUGCGUGAGAUUUUUUUUUUUACUGAAUUCUUUAAAUUAAUUUUAGCUAUAUUUUUUUGGUCCCUUGCUGCUUGUUUUAAACUUCAUUUUGUAUACAGUAGGGAACACAAGUUGUUUUAUCAUGUAAAUGUCGUAGGGGUGGGACAAGCGUCCAGGCCCCACAUCCCAGAGAUGGGGAACCCGCAAUAUGGAGAUUCUUUAGUCACCUUCAGCCCAUGUUACAAAUCUUCGAGGCCUCUAGAACAUAUGAUCCUUAUUCACAGUUAAGCAAUAAAUGAACAACUCAACAACAUCCUAAACGUAUUAUCCGUAUACGACCGCGCCUUGUGCACCGUAUCAACAGAACCAAUCCUGUUAAAUAACUUUCAGAGCUCCCCCGGGUUCAAAAUAAAUUAUGAUUAUAGUGUUGAUUGUCUGUACAAGAUGUUUUCUACCAUUAAGUUGGUUAAAGGUCACUUUUUCAGUAUAGUAAACUAAUACAAGUCGAAUGUACUGAAGUUGUAACUGUACACUGUAUGACGUGUGAUUUAUAACAAUAAUACGCACUAGGGGGUACAGCAUUCGAGUAGAGCAAGUACGUGAAUGCUCUGGUAUGAUUAUGAUAUAGGCCUGUACGGGUACAGCAUUAGAGAAGAGAUAGUCCACGAUUGCUGUGUUAUUAUUAUGAUAUAGGCCUGUAAGUGUCUGCAUAAGAGUAGAGCAAGUCGGUGAAUGCUGUGGUAUGUCUAGGCCUAUACGGUUACAGCACUAGAGGAGGGCUAGCCCGUGAAUGAUGUGAUAUGUAUAGACCUAUAGAUAUCUUCUUAAUACUCUUACGAUUCCUAUCGACCACACUUUUGACAUUCUUCCAUGGGCCCGUGUACUGGUAAAGCUAUCUCUGAACAGGGAUGGAGAUUUAUUUCGUUCUAGUGUUUAUUACUCAAUUCGUUUUGUAAUAUCUGUUGGAAAAAGUAAAUUUAUGAUAGAUUUUUAGUAUCAUUUACGUGUAUUAUUUGUACGUUUAAACUGUAUUAAUUUUAUUUGUUAAAGUUUUAUUCUUGUUACAUUUGUUUUGGAGUUGUGCUUUAGAAAUGAAACUAUUUCUGGUCUAAAGCCGAUUGAGACCCAUGAUGGGGGAGGGUGUAUUUCCACUGUACAAAGAGAUGAGAAAAGGUUCUUCGGUUGACCAGAAAUGAAGAAAGGCAUUUCUGUCUGCCGAGGAGAUUUCUGCAACUUGAAGAAAUGUCUCGUUUUAAUACCUUAACCUUUUGAGCACCUCAAAGGAACAUCUUCUUUUACCAUAACAUCCGGUGAGGUAACAUCAUUGAGUUAUCCACCUACCAAGUGCAAUGAUCUUGAAUUCAUUAGGUGGUCCACUAGAGGUUCUGUUUCUUAUACCCGUGAGCCUGACAUUGUCUGUUGGCACAAAGAAGCUCUUGCAAAAGAGAGAAAUACUUUAACAAAGAGAAGUUCAAAGAAAAAUACCAGGUGUUCUAGCCCGAGAUCUCUAAACCGGCGAUCGAUGUUUUUUUUUUUUUUUAAUUAGAGGUUUUAAUUUCCCUUUGAUAAACAUUGAAAGGUAAUUAAUAUUUGCACCUAACAAGCAGAGAGACUUUUGAUAGUCAAGACCUCGAUUCCACAACGUUAAGUGACAGAAAUAACAAAGUUCAUUUUUAUUUGCAUACUCAUAAAUUUAAGUAAUUAUCUUUGAGUCAGAAAUGAAGGAAGAUUGCAGUAUCUCAAGUGACAACGCAAACCCAGCUGUAACCUACAUAUUUUUGCCGCAUCUUUAUCAUUCAAAGUCAAGCAUUUCAUAACAAAAUAGAUACAACACUAUUUGCGAAUCCUCCGCUUAAACAUACACAUAAUGAGGAUCUGUACUCUGUAGAGUACACUUAUCUAAUAAAUUUGCACAGUCAACUGUGCUGUCAACUGAGCUAUUUUUCCACUCUUUAACCAUACAAUCACACAGCUGUGUUCAAAAUAAAAGGUAAUCUCGGGAAUCAUCAACACGGCUCAUUGGUAAAACUAAGUUUUUCUAUGUGUUUGUGGAAGUAAGAACUCCAUGCUGUGCGUUAACGUCCAUUUUCAUUUUCAAUGACUUUUCUAUUGUGGGUUCUCGGUUUCAAUCUAGAUCUAGAAUCUAAGCCUUACAUAAUUAUCUCAAUGCAAAUAUAUCAAAUUAUCUGUAUAAAAAAUGUAAUCAUAGGUAUCAUUAGUGUACAUUAUAACUGAUACAUUUUACUUAUAGAUCGUAUCGUGCAUGAUCUUGCAUUACAUUCAUUUUAUAUAAAAGACUAAGAUCAAUUACCUUUCCUGCGAGCUACACACAGAUUGUAACUGGCUUCUGAAAUUAUUCUUUUUAAUUCGUAAUACUUUGCUUAAAUAUGAUUUUUUUUAAUGUAUCUUUUUAUAAUAUAUUUUAAUUAAUCAUAAAUUAUUGAAUAGCACACAUAGGCUACAAAAAAAAAAAGGCUAGAGGCCUGCAGUUAUUUGUACUAAAAAAAUGAUGUUGUCAUGAUUAUUGUUAUUAUUCAUUCUUUCUUUUCUAUUACUUUUACUAUUCGUCUACCUAAUUCUGGGGAUUAGCCUAUAGGCAUACAAUAAAUAUUACAAGAAAUAUCCUCAGUUAUUCAUUUAAACUGACCAACUUAUUAAACUCGUGUUUUAGAGAACUGGGCUGAGCGAGUUAUAGAUAACAAAUGUUUUAUGUAGAGCAUUAGUUAUACAGGCCAACCCUCGCCAUAUCUCAUUAAAUAAUAUAUUCAUUCGUUUCUAGCCUACGUAUUAUAUAUUUUUUUAACCGAUUGCGCCGGUGAUGAAACAGAUCACUCAAAAAAGCAUUGUAUUUUGUUUUGUUUUUCCCUGUUAAUUUUAGAGUAUGUGCUUAUUUAAUCUUCACGCCCAUAAGAACUCAGUAGCCAAAAUGCUAUAUAAUUGAUAAUGUUUCUUACUUUACUUGAAAAAGUACUUUCUUGUCAAUGUAUACACACUAAAUGUACCUCACACAACUACUAAACAAAUGCGUUCUGAUCACAACGCAUAUUUUGUGCAAUUUAUAUAUAAGGCCAAUGAUAGAAUUCUAUGUUUAAUUAUUACAAUAACAAUUUACAUAGCGUAUAUAAUGAAUAUAUAGUGAUCACAGCAAAUAAAUGAGGAGUGAAACUUCAAUCUACCCUAUUGUAUAUAACAUGCAAUAUAAAUUGUAUAUAACAUGACUGUUUUAAAAUUACUUUAUAUAUAUAUAUAUAUAUAUAUAUAUAUAUAUAUAUAUAUAUAUAUAUAUAUAUUAUAAAGAGAGAGAGAAAAAAUAUCCAUGCAUAUUUUUGUUUAUAAUUAUGUAUAACAUUUAUCUAAUUAAUUAUAUAGGUACAUUUUGUUCAAUUGUUUAUAUAGAGGUCUAUUUCAUUUUUAAAUUUAAACCUAAGCGAAUUAUUUUUCAUAGGAUAUAUAGACUGUUGGACUAUUUACUUUAAUAUAACUUUCACAUUAUCAUGGAUUAUAUAGGCCUAUAUAGAUCUAUAUAUUAUAAUAAAUUUUAAGAUAAAAAAAAGUAUUAGUCCAAUAGUUCAAUUAUGCUGUCUAGAUCUAUAAAGAUUUUAACCGUUAUAGUAAAGUAAGCAGACCUGAUUAAAAUUAAGAGAUCUAGAUAUAGCCCCACCCUAUUUAGACUAUAACAGCUAACAGUGUUUCGGUAUUUCCAGUUUAGAUUAUAAACCUUAUAGAUCUUGGUUUUAAAAAAAAACUGACAGAGGUAUCUUAAAGCAUAUGUAGACAAGUUUUAACUGAACAGCAUUCUAGGUUUGACCAAAGACCUAGGCUAUAUAAAUAUAUAGAUCUAUAGGCCUACUGGACCAACUUAUAGAUUUUGUCAAUCGCAAAGUUUUGGCUGAUAGAGGGUUGCAUUAUACAGCAAUUUUCAGAAGUAUAAGAAUAGCCAUAGCCGUCUCUAGAUCUAUACUAUUAGCGCAAUAAUUAAUAAACCCUUUUCUGUAGUCCUACCAUUAUUAGUAUUAUAGUUUUACGUAUUCGUAUCUUAUCUUAUAUAUUAUGGCAGGUGUCCAUCAUGAUCAUUUUUUGUUAUAAAAUUGUUUUAAGCUUUAGCUUAUUUGGACAUUCUAAUUAAAACAAAUAUCCCUAAAAACAUUUGAAGCAAUAAGACGUCAGUCAGCCACAGAGUCUAGAUCUAUAUAGUUCGGGGAAACCAUUAACAAAAAUAGAUCUUGAUUCAGUGCAAAAAUUUGUUUUCAAAAUUGAAAAUCAUAGUUUUUAUACGUAUAGAAAUGUGUGUCCCCAAAUGAAACCAAUUCCUGUCGACUUGUCUAUCUAUAGCUCUAUGUAUUUCUGCUACGUCAAUGCGGUUUUAACCAAACAUGUAGAUCUAGUUGAAAUUGACAUUAUAGAUAUCUCUAUAAAUCCAGUAAUUUACUGUGGCAUAAAAGCAUUCGUGUUUAUUUCAUACAAAUUAUUUUUAUUGCUCUUUCUAAUACAAACAUUAUGGAUUUAAAAAAAAACAAAAACAACUAGACUAGGCCUAGAACUUUCUUUGCCUGCAUUGAAACGUGGCGGUAUUGUUGACCUGACCAUUUCAUAGAAAAUGUUGCCAAAUAAGUAGGAUUCUCAAUUGUUACCGUAAUGGCUGCUCCCUUUUCUUACUAUGUUGUUUUUAAAUUAUUUGCCUUUUUAUUUUCUAACACUUAAAAAUGCAUUACAACUAAGAAGAUCUAAGCCUAAAUUAUAUUCCUAUAAAUUUAAUUUAAGUGUUAGCAUAGUUUGUUUUCAUAAAGAAACAAUGAUUUUUUUUAAAAAAAUUUGGUUUUGAUUGCGCGCACCUCGAAAUAAUAUUUUGUCUUGAGACUAGAUUUGGAUCCAAACCUUGGUGUAGAUAGUAAAUAAAUGUUCAUAAUAUUCUCUGAAAUUUAAAUGACUACAAUAUUCAAGCUACACAUAGAAGCUCGAUUAUAAUUGACAGAGUCCUUCAUAAGUAUCAUCAGACAUAUAGAUUCUAGAUCUAUUGGGAUCUUGGGGAAAGGCCCAUCAGCGAAAUGGCAUAUAAAGCGAACACCUCCCCGUAAUUUUUAUCCAUUCUUAUUUAUUUCAAAAGUAACUGCAGAACUAAUAAAAUGGUAUUACAAAGACUCCAUUUUUCUACAUUUCUCACAUGUUCACUUUCGUUUUCACUCAUACAAUAAAGCAUAGCUGAAGGUCAAAGUUGACAUGUAUGGAAAUUUCAUUCUCAAAACGUUUCCGGAUAAACGAGAAUAGGUCCGAACUUAAGGCGAUUUUAAAGCACCAAUGGACAUCGGCCGAAAAAAAAAUGCAUAUUAUGCUUCUAAAUUGAUGAGGAAAUAGUUAGCUAGAAUAGCUAAGGCUAUUCAUUACGUUGAAAAAAAAAUAUUAUGGGGUGUUCGCUCAAAAUGACCUUUUUAACUGAAAACCUAUUCAGCGAAACCCCUAUUAUAAGCUUAAAAAGCCAUUAAUAAUAAUUUAGUUACUGAUUUAAUCUGUUUUUCUUUUUGUCUUAUCCAUUGUUAUUGUUUGUAAACUGAAAUAUUAAAAAAAUAGGCCUAUUUUUAACCUUAACCCAAUGUCUUCGAUUUCGAAGAUUAAGGAUGAGUGCAUGACUACGCGUUUCACAUGACUACGCCCAGUUGCGACCAGCAUAUUUUCCCCCAUUUUCUUUCCGUCUAAAAUGUUUGACUCGCAGCUCUCCAACAGUCUCUCAGAGGUCAUAUGCUGGCAGUUACUUUCCUCUAUGCCAGUAAGGGUGAAAUGACGCUUCAGUUGAUCUUAACAGCGCUUAUACGGUGGGGGGGGGACCUAUGUUUUGCCGUCCUCCUUUUUUAAAACUGGCUGUUUAACCUCUUGUUACUAAUUAAUGAUUUUAAUAUGUGUAUAAAUGUUUAAAAGAAGUGCAGAAUUCAUUUUCACAGGGUUCCCCCACCAUUCUGAGAUUAGGAUUUCAGGAGAUUUCCAAGAGUUUUCCAGUAGAAAAUAUUCGAUUUCAGGAUCGGAAAAAACGCGAAUUAUAUAUUUAGUAAUGAAUAUAAGAGUUACCAUAUAAUAUACAUGUAUAAAAUUACAAGAUCUCUCCUGAGCCUUUCGUCUCCAUGCCCGAAACCCAAGCUGUUGUAGAUCUGUCUCCAUACAUCAUCAAUCCAUCGCAUUCGGGAUCUGCCUUUGGGUCAAUCAGCGUGUGUGUGUGUGUGGGGGGGGAGAUCGAGUUGAAGGUGAUUAAGUGCACUGAACAUAAGUUCUUUAAAAAAAAAUAGUCGCAGUAACGAGAGUUUAUGAAAUGGAGAGUAGUACGACGUGGACUAGCCUAUAGGGAGGUGGCGAAAUAGAAUUUUGUAGUUUUUUUCUUUCUUUUAAGAAAAAAAUUGAUCGCAAGUUUCGUAGGCUAUAUAUAGACAUCAGUUCCAAGCAGAGAAAGGAGAUGUGGAGCACGAGAAAGUGAAAACAAAUUUAGGCCUAAUGCCACAAGGAGGACAAUAGUUAUAAUGCUUCAUGGAAGAAGUUAGAUGAUAGAACUAAUUGAAGCAUAAUUUCCUAUAUUUUAGCAUGCUAUUUCGCUAUUUUUUACGGCCUUUCGCUCAUUAUGACUCCCCCGAAAAUUGCGUUCGCUGAUUAGGUCCGACCCCUACCGCAAGUUGACUUGAAUUAUAAAUUUAAUAGCUGAUAUGGAAAAAAGAGUCAAAUUUAGUUUUAUUGCCCAAUAGCUGAGGAGUCCGCAGAUGUUUUCAUUUUUUUAAUAAGUUAAACUAUUGCGGAGUUAUAAAUUCUAAACUAAAAACUGGCACAAAAACGUUCGCUAUUGGUCCUUUCCCAUAAAUGUAGAUCUGAUCUAGAAUCCUAAAAAAAAAUAUUUAAGCUAACUUUAAUACCGUUUUUCGAGGUUUUUCUUUUUUUUUUAGAGUUUGUAAAUUGUUUGUAAGGGAACUAUUUGUAUAAAUGACAUACAAUAGUUAUUGGAAAACGUGUACAUAUAAUAAAUGAGAAAUUGCAAUCUUCCAAGCUGUUGUAUAUAUAAUUUAUAUGUUUCAGUUCCGUUUUUUUUCCCUACAGGUCCCAAUCCCAAUUUAGGCCAGAUAAUCUGUUAGUGAGGCAUGCCAAGUAGCCUAUUUCGUGUUUGUUUGGCCAUCAACUGUUUAUUUUUUUUUUUUUUGCAGUUCCCAAUAUCUGCAUAAUUAAAAAUUGUUAAUCGUGAAAGCCUAAACUGAACUUUAAUAGUCUUCCAUAUCCAGAAGCAGAUAAUAUAUUAAAAAAAAAAAAAAAAGAAAAGCAUUUGUUUGUCUGCUUCUGAUUACAAGUAUUGACAUCCAUUUAUUUUAAGAACUGAAGAUUUAUUUCGGAUGUUCCUGAUAGAUAUAGAUCAAUAUUUGUUGGCUGAGGCAGUUCGAUGGUUUUACCCUUAUUAUUGUUAAAGAGGUUUGUGUUGUUCAUACUGUUCUAGUGGUAAGAACGAUAGGCUUAUUUGAUGAGAUUUCAGCUAACGAAGUUUAAAUAGAUUUACAAAUGUUUUAUUAUUUUUGUGAUUGUUUGGUGCCUAGGCCCACGGUAUCAGUAGACUACAAAAUCUGUCUAUUCUGACUUUUUGUUUAGCUAGAAAAUAACUGUCCUUUACUCCAGGAAAAGUCUUAUUUGAAUAUAGACAUCCGCUAAGACUAGAUAUAUGAAAGAACGCUGAAACCAUUAGGACUACAGAAGCCUAGAUUUUAAUGAUUAGAAGAUUUUAAUAUUUUUUUUUAUAAAGCUGUUUAUAGUGUCUUAAAUUGCCUCUGAAGAUUCCUUUUUUUUUUAAAUUUCCAGUGGAUUUACCUAUUUGUUUUUAAUUUAAGGCUCAUUUUUGGUACAACUCAAAGGAUAGUUACUUAGAUUCCAUUCAAAGAACUCAAACUUGCAUGUUUUUUUGUUUUUUUUAAAAUGUAUAUAUAUAUAUAUAUAAAUAAUGUUUGCAUUAAAUUGUUCUCCUUCUAAAUUUGUUUGUAUAUUUAUGGGGAAAUGAAACCGCAUUGAAUGUAUAAAUUUGUGCAGUGAUAAUUUGAAGUAUUUAGAAUAGAAUAUAUUAUUUUGUCAUUAUGUAUUAAUCAAGGUUCUAUUUUAAAACCUAUGCAUGAGUGUUAAAACUUUUGCUUUGUUUUUAAGUGUGACAUUUUAAUUUAAUAAUAAAUUUUAAAUAUACAACUAUGAAUGAAGAAUGAUAUUUGGUGAGUAACCAAUUACUCACAUCAGGUAAAGACUGCAAUCUGUAAGAUGGAUGAAUGAAUAUAUACAGAGAUCUUUUAUUUUCCUUUACUUUUUAUUGCUACUUUUAAAGUCCUUUGGUACAUAUUUAUUUUGUAUGCAUAUUUUUGUCCUUUUUAUGUAUGUUUAAUCACAGGUGACUAUACAUGUAGGCUAUUAUAUAAUUUCGUUAAAAUGUAUUCAGUUAAUAUUCUUUUUUUUCUUUUCAAGUUUGAAGAGGUACACAAAUUAAAAUAGCAAUAAUAUUAAUAAUUAACUCAGUUUUAAUUUUAUUCAAUUGAUUGUUAUUUUUUUCAUUAAAUUCUAAUAUAUAUAUAUAUAUAUAUAUAUAUAUAUAUAUAUAUAUAUAUAUAUAUAUAUAUAUAUAUAUAUAUAUAUAUAUAUAUAUAUAUAUUAUAAAUUUCCUUUUAAACUAUUUGAGAGUAUUCUGAUAUUGCCUAAAGACUAACAAGCACAAAUUCAGGGCUCAUUACAAGUGAGACUACUUAGGUCUUGAUUUAUAAAUACACUAAAGGACUAUUUGGGUGCUUGGAAAAUUAUUAACAUUUUCCAAAAAAAACGUUUGUAUUAAGGAUAAAAAAAACAAAAAAAACUUAAAUUACAAAUAUUAUUUUUCUUUCUCCUAUAUUUAUGUAUGACAUGGCAAUCACUGCAACGUAGGAUGUAAUUAUCUUGUAGGACAUAAUUAUCUUCUUUUUCGAAGAUAAGACAAGACAAGAAGCAGCAAUAAUAUCUGAUAAAAUAAAUCUAACAGUUAGAUAAUGACUAAAAUGUUUGUAGUCAAUUUGGAAAAUAUAUUUUAAAAUCUAACAGCUAACAUUAUUUAAAAUAACCCAGCUACUUUCUAAAGAGUUUUUUUGCCAAGACAUAAGGAGUACAUUCAUUUAUACAGCUCAUGUCUAUACUCAUGUAACUGCAUUGAUUUUAAUUUAUAUUAUAGAUCUAAAUCAGUUUUUAAAUGAAAAAAGCAAAACAUCCCUAAAAAAUAAAACAUUUAAAAUACCAGGUACAGUUGAAUUGACUUAAUUGGACCACCAGUUAAUUAGACCAGAAACAAAUCCUAUUAUAUAAUUGAAUCCAGCUAAUCGUCUCAGCCAGUUAUUAGGAUCUAAACCAUCGUGUCCUGAUUUGGUCUAAUUAACCGGAUUUGGCUCUAUAUUUUUAAUUUUUUUCCUUACUAUUUAUGUAUAUUGAUGCAACUUCCGUAAUCUACUUUUUGUUGUUUAUUUUAUUGCUACUUUUAGGAACAAUUCUAUUAUGUUGAGCAAUAAAUCAGAGAAGGACAUUGGUCAUCUUCCAGAAUACAACCAUAUUGAGUGCCCCAUAGAAUGUCAGCAUAUUUGCACAAAAAAUGUGGUUUAACAUUUAAUCAAUGCUGUAGGUCCAAUAUAGGGUUAAUGGCCUAAUAAUGCUGAGCUAAUUACCUAAAUAUGGCAGAUAUAUGGUGUAACAUUAAAGUAAAUUUAUUUGAUUGAAAAAAAAAACAAUACAAAUGUACAUACAAAUUAUGUGCUGUGUUUUGGUGAUUUAAAAAUAAAUUAUGUAUAUGUGUGUGUGUGUAUAAGUCUUAUAUACAGACAAAUUUCCUGACUGAAUGUACUGCUACCAUAUGUUAUCAAGGGGGACUAUUUUAUUUAUGACUUUUUCAUAUUUUAAUUCUUUGACAUUUGUUUUUUUUUUCAUCUUCAUAAAACUGUUACCCUAGUGAUGAAGAUUUCAUAAUAAAAAUGUUUUCAUUCAAAAUAAGAAA